AUGGGAUUUGGGUCCCGCCCACCGGCCAUGGCUAACUGCGUGGGACAGUUUGCCAGCGCCUUGCCUGUGAAAAUACCGCUGUGGCAAGUUGCUCAUGAUGGGGACGGUACUUUCCGAUCCCUUGUUUCCGCGGUUGGGAAAAACAUUAGCGACGUGAAGAAAAAUGAGCUUUUUCCAGCCGUAGAAAUAGCCGAGGCUAUCCGUGAGACCGGCUCUGACUACACGCCGCCUCGUGUGGCCGUCACUUACUCGCCGAAACUUGCUGACGCAGGUUGUCGUCUCUUUCCCGUCAAUGGGGUUUGGGAUCUUUUUUUCUGCUUCUUGGAGUCUGAAGAGGAUGUCAAAGUUGGUAUUAUCUAUGACCCAACAAUAUUUUCUGCGCUGGACGUUCGCGACAUGAAGACUCUGUGGGUGCGUCUGGCCGCUAUCAGCAAAUCCAGCAAUGCCAUGGUGCGGGACAUGCUCGAAUGGUUGCCCGAGCAUACAUCUUUACCUAUUGUCCCUUUGAAGUCUCAGAGAAAUCCGUUACGUCACAUACACCAUUGGUUCGACGCUCACGCCCAGACGAAUCCAGAUGCUGAAGCCCUCAGCUCUGGUGAGCAAGACAUAUCCAUAACCUAUGGAGGACUCUACGCAUCAACUGAACUAAAGGCAAAGUUUUUGUUAUACAAUGGCAUCAGUGCCGGUGACAGAGUCCUUGUGAAAUUGGAACGAGGAUUCCAAACCCUGGAAUGGAUGCUCGGAAUCCUGAAGAGCGGUGCCGCAUUUAUCUACGUCGAUGUGGACUCGCCCAAAAAUCAAGAAGAUUUCAUCCUAGAGAACGCUGGACCCAGCCUUGUCAUUAACAAGGCGCUAGUGGAAGAGUAUUCCGAGCGUGUCAUGGGGGAGCCGUUUGAUUGCGACCUCGCGACACCCAAAUACGGCACUUCAGAUGAUGAUCUCGCAUACAUCAUCUACACAUCCGGCUCCACUGGCAAACCCAAGGGAGUUAUGGUCGAGCAUGGCAACAUCGCCUGCUUUGUCAAAGCUUCGACAAGCGCAUACAGAUGCGGGUUUGGAACGAGAGUUCUGCAGCUGGCAUCUUUCACCUUUGAUGGAUCCAUUCUAGAAUGGACCACAGCACUGUGCACUGGGGGGUGGUCUGAUAUGCAAAUCACUCCCUCAGCACUGGGGACUUUGCCGGUUUCUCGGAGCUUGUCAUGUCUCCGGCUCAUCUCAGUGGGUGGCGAGGCAGGAUCCCGCGGUAUCUUUGAGCGAUGGCACUCUCGAGUCGAUAUUGUCAACGCAUAUGGUCCAACCGAAGCUGCCAUUGCCGUUUCCUUUAAUCGCAUCAACAGGAGCGACCUUCUUCCAGAUAUAAUCAGCGUCGGUCGUGCAAACAAAGGGAGUGAGCUCUACAUUUGUGCCGAGAACUUUAGACCAGUCUUGGGGCAGGAUAGUGUAGGCGAGAUUUGCAUUUCUGGUUCUCAGGUGGCAAGAGGAUACUGUCAGCUCCCGAUCCAAACAGCCAAAAGCUUUUCCGUCCACGAGGAUGGUAACCGGAUGUACCGAACGGGGGAUCACGGAAAGAUUCUAAGCGAUGGCUCGUUGGUGGUGCUUGGGAGAGUCGAUCGAGAGUUCAAAGUUCGUGGCUAUCGUAUCAGACCAGAGGAGAUUGAAGGAGCAAUUCUGAGUGCCAAGGUGGGGGUUUCAGAAGCGUCCGUUCUGAUUUCUGAAGAAGGCACAGAAAUGAUCGCUGCUGUCACACCUGACUCAGUCUCGCAAAGCCGAUUAUUUGCCAGUCUCAGGUCGAAACUUGUCAACUACAAAGUGCCCUCCCGGAUUGUCAAGCUUGGCCGCAUGCCAAAGAAUGCCAGUGGUAAGCUCGACCACCCCGCUAUUCGACAAGAGAUCAGGGCUGCUCUUGCAAGGGACAGUCACAUUGAUGGUACAAGUAACACUGAAGUCUUGAGCGACGAGGACGAUAUCGAGACUCGUGAACGCAAUAGAGAGCAAGACGUGGGCAAAAUCUGGACCAGGUUACUGCACCGAAACAGUUCUCCUGCUUCAAAUGUCAACUUUUUCGAUAUUGGAGGCCACAGCCUCCUGGUUCCUCAACUUCACGACGCACUCAAACAAGCAUUUCCGGGAAAGGCUGUCCGAUUAGUCGAUCUCUUUCACCAGUCAACUAUUGCUCAACAAGCUGUUCUGCUCGGUGAUGAUCCAAAAAUUGGAGCAACCAAACCUACAUAUACAAAGCGCAAUAAGAAGCACACGCACGUUUGUCGAGAACGCAAAGACAGCAGCGACAGCAGCAGCAGCGCCUGUAGAAGCUGUUUUGAGACAAAAAUCCCGAAGCUGGCAACCAACUCCGAUAAGGAAGUCUCCGAGCACGUCGCCAUUGUCGGUCUGGCAGGUCGCUUCCCUGGGGCAAUGUGUCCGGAUGAAUUCUACGACAACUUGGUAAAGGGGUAUUCGGGCAUCAGAUCGUCUGCCUCAUCAAUCGCACACGAAACACUAGAUGGGAAUGUCUGGGUCCCGCAAGCAGGAGUUUUAGACAACAUCGAGGAUUUCGACCAUCAGUUCUGGAACCUCACCAGAGAGGAGGCCACAGAGAUGGACCCUCAGCAACGCCUGUUCCUCGAGAUGGCAGAUGAGGCGUUGCGAGAUGCAGGAAUCGACUUCAAGGUAGCCAAUCCCGACUUUGGUUCACGUGUGGGCAUCUUUGUCGGGUCGGCCAACAACAGCUACCACGUCUACACCGAGUCUGUCUCGUCCGACUCCUUCCUCAAGGAGAAUCGAGGCCUCGUUGCUCCAUCCAUCUCUGCCCGGACGGCGUACCAACUAAACUUUAGUGGGCCAAAUGUCACGGUCCAAACUAACUGCGCCAGCAGUACCGUCGCCCUUUCCUUAGCAUGUGAUGCUCUACGUCUGGGUCGCUGUGAGAUUGCCGUUGUGGGUGGUAUCUCUGUGCAGCUUUUCGAAGGCGGAUAUGUCACGCAAGAGGGUCAAAUCUUCUCACCACAGGGUGUUUGCCGACCAUUUGAUGCUAAAGCCGAUGGCACGGUUCCUGCAGAUGCCGUUGCCGCCGUCGUGUUAAAACGUUACUCUGCAGCGGUACAGGACAGUAGCUCCGUGUACGCCCGUAUCCUCGGUACCGGGAUUGGCUCCGACGGCGCACGAGAGAAAGCUGGCUACCAGGUCCCAUCCCCCAGGGGCCAGGCAGAAGUUAUAAAGUCGGCUUGGCGUACGGCAGGUAUAUCGCCUAAUCGCCUUUGCUAUGUAGAGCUUCACGGGAGUGGCACUCCUGUAGGCGAUGCUCUCGAAGUCGAAGGCUUGACUCUGGCGAUGAGGGAACUUACUGUCUAUGCAAGCGGGCUUGAUUUCCCCGACACGAGGACUGGAUAG